AUGGCCGGUCGGAAGCCAAGGGAUAGCCGGAUUUCUCGUUUGGGAAACCCGUCUGGGGAAGAACCCGGGGAACCCCAACGCCACUCUAAUUUUCGACUUUCCACACUACUGUUCUUUCUUCGUCUUGGUUAUUUUUGUACAAAAAAUCCAGGUGACCCCCAAGCCCCCUGGAGAGAAUAA